CUUCGCUCUCGUAAGAAGAAAAGUGAGAGUGAAAGACGACGUAACUUACAAGACCAUUAAAAAACAAUCAGUUAAUCAUGUACAAGUCGUGCAAUAUAAUAAUGAACUCGUUAUUAAGAAGAGCUGCCAGCAUACGAACGCCCUUGGUGAACGUAGACAGGAGAUUAAGUUACGUCGAUAGAGUGAGAUACCUGCAGAAACUAAAAGAAGAAGACACAAUUUGCUUAUCACAAGUACCUGGAGGAAAGUUUCUAGUCUACAGCCGCAGUAAACCCCUUAUACGUGUGGACAAAGCCAACACUGAUAAUGCUCUUGUGUGGUUGUCAUAUGAAGAUUUGAUUCAGUAUCACUCAGAAGUUUUAAACUCCAUUGUCUUGUUAGAUGUUGCUGAAGAUGGGACACCACGAUACAGUGUGCAGGUAGGAGCUCUGGCAACAGAAGUACAGGAGAAGAUGGAAUAUUCUACCAAUGCUUCAUUCACUGAUUUGCGAGCAGCCCUUUUCAUGGUCAACUGGAAGGAAGCUCAUGUCCUAUCCAGGGCAAAUUGUGUCCUUAUGUGGAAUAAGAACCAUGCCUUUUGUGGUAAAUGUGGCUCACCUACUCAGAGAAAUGCUGCAGGCUACUCUCGAAAGUGCAGAAGCUGUGGGAUGACGCAUUACCCAAGCUCAAGUCCAGUGGGCAUAGUCUUGGUCACUGACCCUGAAGAAGAGAACAUUAUCCUUGUGCGACAGCCACGGCACCCGCCUGGAAUGUAUUCAUGUAUUGCGGGCUUCUCUGAUGUGGGGGAAAGCCUAGAGGAGACAGUACACCGAGAGGUUGCGGAAGAAGUGGGAGUAGAAGUUUCAUCCGUGAAGUAUGUUGCUUCUCAGCAUUGGCCAUUCCCAGGCUCGCUUAUGGUUGGUUGCUAUGCAUUGGCAGAAAAGCAGGAGCUUUCCAUUGACCCCCACGAACUGCAAGAUGCACACUGGUUCAGCCGGGACGAGAUCACAGCCGCCAUUGAGAGAAUCCAAACAAACCCACUGCUGAGACUGCGAGGCAAUCCCUCUGGCGAACUUUUCAUCCCUCCCCCAGGUGCCAUAGCUUACCAUCUCAUAGCACACUGGCUUAAGCGCACACCUGUUCAUGAGAUAUACCAGCAUAUUUACUGAGGGCUUUGUAAGGGGCGUGUUGAGAGAUGUGGCUUAAGAGCAGUGGCUUGUUCUUAUGUUCAGUUUGUGGUAAAGGACACCAGCUGCGUGGAUCAUAUUGUAAAUGAUGUUUAGAUAAAACUCAGCUCAGUGUAUUAUUUGACAGCUGUUUUUAAGACUUUAUUUUUCUUAUGUAUUAGAUAAAAAGUAUUUUAUUAUAUUUAAAUUUUGGAAAACAAAUGUUUAGUGUUUGUUAUUCAGUCAUCACUUAAACUGAUGUGUUUUGCACAGGAUGAAUAUUGAAGUGGUUCCCUCUUUUUUAAUUAUUAGAUAUUCCUCUUCCAUCAGUCAUUGAUAACAAAGAUAUAAUUGCUUUGUUGGAUUUGUAUUUUUCUUCCACUUGGCUUAAGGUGCUGUUGAAAUACACCUUUAUCUUUCUAAAUGAGAUCUGGAAUAUAUCCAGAAUAUCCAAGAAUAAGACAAAGUGGAGGCAAUAUUAGUCAUAGUAGUACUAUUGUAGCAUAUUACUAAUUGUGUUAGAGUAGAAGAAUUGAAGAGGAAUUAUGAUACAUAUGUAAAUAACUGAGUUGUAAAGAGAACAUGGGACUGAGAUUCUUUACCAGUAGUAUUUAUUGUCAGUAUAAGAUUGUUGUCAUUGUUAACUCUUCAUUUUUGUUUGCAAAUAGUACAAAAUACAAAGACUUCAAUAGUCAUGAGCAUCUUGUAGGCAGGUAGAUCUUAUAGAGUUCAAUGGAAAUUGAAACUGAAAACAUAAGUUUACAUUUCUUAAAAGGGUUGUAAAGGAUCUUUACAAAGUAUUUCCUCGUUUUUAAUGCAUGAGAAGGUAUUUUGGUUGUGUUUUUUGUGUUAUAUAUACAUUAUAUAUUUAGAUUUUUUCAGACUGAGAAAAGUUGUAUUGCAUUGGGAUUUGAGGUCAACUAAUUUAAUUGUAUUUUGUAUUUUCAUCAAAAUUUGAAAGUAAUUUAUUCUAAGUAAGUAACAACAUUAAAAUUUUACAAUUGUUUACAAUUUUUAGAGCUGUAUAGAACUGAGCAAGUCACAAUAAAUAGAAUAGGAAGCUUUCCUCAAAAUGUUCAAAUGGCAGUAGUUGGUACAUGGCUGACAAUUAUGUGUCUUCUUCUUCUUCUUCUUCUUCUUCUUCUUCUUCUUCUUCUUCUUCUUCUUCUUCUUCUUCUUCUUCUUCUUCUUCUUCUUCCUUCUUCUUCUUCUUCUUCUUCUUCUUCUUCUUCUUCUUUCUUCUUCUUCUUCUUCUUCUUCUUCUUCUUCUUCUUCUUCUUCUUCUUCUUCUUCUUCUUCUUCUUCUUCUUCUUCUUCUUGUUAAAGUUUGACUGCAUAAAUGCUAAAGAAAGCAAUUUUACAUGAACAAUGGAUUUAUAUUCGGGGGGAAAAAGAUUGAAAAGUAAGGAAUUUCUCUUUGUCUGCUUUUACAUUCAGAGCAACUAUAAUUACUCACUGUUUACUAAAACAUUCUUCAAAAGCAUGAGGAUGCCUGAAAACCAACUUACCUUUUCCGAGAAUUUGUUGUUUUUAUUCUGCAGGAAGAUGCAAUGUAAGUAUGUAUAUAUAUGAUAAUGCUCAUCAUAAUUUUUAUUCAUUUACUGUAAAACAAAGAAAAUAGAAACAUAUUCUAUUUUAUCUCCACUUGAUAAAAUUGAUUUUUUUCAUUUGAGCAAACUAUCACAUUUAUGAGCAUUCACAAUUUUGAUUGGUAUAUCUUAUAUUUUUGAUAUACUCAAAACAUGGAUACACAAAAUUGUUUUUUAGGGUAUGGACAAUAGUUGCUUAAUGUGACACAAAUUUUAAUUGAGAAUUACAACUAUGGGUCUUUUAGUCAGUCAGUCAAUCAGAGGGUUAAACUGAUGAAGACAUGAACUGAAAUUUUCUCAUUUAACUUAUUUAGAUGCUUCAUAUUUGUGAGUGCCAUGAAUUUUGAAAGUGUGUAUGUGUUGUUUUGUUGUAAAAAAUAAUUGUUUUCUCUCAUUCUUUAUUUUAUUAUUACUGUUGGGUGUUAUACUUUUGGUAUUAUUGUUUGAAAAAUUAAAGGAAAAAAGUAAAAUUUGAAUAAUAGAGAGAAAAGGUU